AUGGCAAACCUAAUUCUCCUUUUCUCUAUAUUCUUCGUCUUCCUCUUCUCGGUGACUCUCUCUUCCAUGGCUCACCCAAAAAACUUAACCAUCGAGCUGAUCCACCGUGACUCUCCUCAUUCCCCACUCUACAACCCACUAAAAACCGACACCGACCGCCUCAACGCCGCUUUACUCCGCUCCAUCUCUCGUUCCCGCCGCUUCAACCACCAAUCCCAAACCGAUCUCCAAUCCGGUUUAAUCGGAGCAGGCGGUGAGUUCUUCAUGAGUAUCACCAUCGGUACUCCACCAACGAAAGUACUCGCGAUAGCUGACACAGGAAGUGACCUAACUUGGGUCCAAUGCAAACCCUGUCAACAAUGUUACAAAGAAAACGGUCCAAUCUUCGACAAGAAGAAAUCCUCUUCUUACAAAAGCGAGACUUGCGACUCACGUAACUGCCACGCCUUAUCGACCAACGAACGUGGAUGCGACGAGUCCCAAAACGUAUGCAAGUAUCGUUACAGUUACGGAGACGAAUCGUUUACCAAAGGAGACGUUGCUACAGAAACUAUCUCCAUUGACUCUGAUUCAGGUUCCUCUGUCUCUUUCCCUGGUACUGUCUUUGGUUGCGGUUACAACAAUGGUGGUACCUUCGACGAGACUGGCUCUGGGAUCAUCGGUCUCGGUGGAGGUCACUUAUCAUUAAUAUCACAGCUCGGUUCUUCGAUUUCGAAGAGAUUCUCUUAUUGCUUGUCACACAAGUCAUCUACAACGAAUGGCACAAGCGUUAUAAACCUAGGAACCAACUCGAUUCCUUCCGGUCUAAGUAAAGAUUCCGGAGUCAAUACGACACCGUUGGUCGAUAAAGAGCCUCUGACUUACUAUUACUUGACGCUCGAAGCCAUAUCCGUCGGGAGAAAGAAGAUUCCGUACACCGGAAACUCAUAUUACCCAAACGACGACGGAUUAUUCUCCGGGACGUCGGGAAACAUCAUAAUCGACUCUGGAACAACGUUGACGCUACUCGAAUCUGGGUUUUACGACAGAUUUGGCGCGGCGGUGGAGGAAUCGGUGACCGGAGCCAAGCGUGUGAGUGAUCCACAGGGGCUUUUGUCGCACUGUUUUAGAUCCGGAAAUGCGGAGAUUGGUUUGCCGGAGAUAACUGUGCAUUUCACCGGCGCCGAUUUGAGGCUGAGUCCGAUGAAUGCGUUCGUGAAGGUUAGUGAAGAGAUGGUUUGCCUGAGUAUGAUUCCGACCACCGACGUUGCCAUCUACGGGAACUUUGCUCAGAUGGAUUUUCUCGUUGGGUAUGACUUGGAGACCAGAACGGUGUCGUUUCAGCGAAUGGAUUGCUCUGCGAAUUUGUGA